CGGGAUUCGGAAACCUCUAUCCUAUAUUCUGUCACUGACCACCGUCACAAGAUUCAUCUCCCAUAACUCACUGCGAUAUUCCCGACGACAUCACCAUUUCCUCUUCCUUGCACAAAAUUCACAAUUAUAUCAUUUUGUCACUAGUUUUCCACGAACUCCACAUCCUAAUUCUUCAGCUUUUGAACCCAAUUUAAUUCUGCCCAGGUCAUGCUUGUGAACUUCCAAUAAAAGUUGCUGCGAUUCAAUGGCUACAAUUUGUGGUGUUAUUCCUGUUUUGGGCGUUCGGCAAGUUCCGUCAUUUCCCUUUAUCGAUGUUCAAAGGUCUUGUCCAAAUGCAUCCCAUCUUCAUUCGAAAGAUAUUAAUGAGGAUAGGUACCCUUUUGGGAUUGUGAAACAGUCAUCAAAAGAAAAUAUAUCUCAAAGAUGCCGGAGGGCAUCCAUCAAGUGCUAUAAGAAGAAUUCUGACAGUAGUUGUGACCAGGAAAAGAAUGAUGUAUCUCAAGCUACCUUGAUAUGGAGAGCCAUAAAGUUACCCAUUUACACUGUUGCAGCAGUUCCGCUUACUGUGGCCAGUGCUGCUGCUUACUUGCAAACAGGGCAAUUUUUGGCAAGGCGUUACCUUGGGCUUCUGAUCUCAUCCAUUUUUAUCAUCACUUGGCUUAAUUUAAGCAAUGAUGUGUAUGAUUUUGACACAGGAGCAGAUAAGAACAAGAAAGAAUCAGUUGUGAACAUUUUUGGAAGCCGGACAGGGAGCCUUGUUGCUGCCAAUUUGCUACUUGCUUUUGGUUCUGCGGGUCUAGUUUGGGUGGCUUCGGUGUCUGGAAACGUGCGUUCUUUAUUGCUGUUGUUUUGUGCGGUCAUGUGUGGUUAUGUGUACCAGUGCCCACCUUUUCGGUUAAGUUACCAAGGAUUGGGAGAGCCAUUGUGCUUUGCAGCAUUUGGCCCCUUUGCCACUACAGCAUUCUAUUUAAUGCAGAUUACAUCAAGCAACGUAGGCUACCCUUGUCCAGUAACGCGCACUGUCCUUUCUGCAUCAAUACUUGUUGGUUGCACCACCACCUUGAUCUUAUUCUGUAGUCAUUUCCACCAGGUGGAAGGAGACAGAGCAGUUGGUAAACUUUCACCAUUGGUCCGAAUAGGCCAAAAGGCAGGAUCAGAGAUAGUCAAAAUUGCAAUAGUGGCACUAUACUGUGCCUUAUUUGUUUUAUCAAUUGCAAAUGCUGUUCCACUGACUAGUUCUGUCUUGUGCGCGUUAACUAUACCAUUGGGAAACAUGGUUGUUAGAUACGUGGAGAAGAAUUACCAUGAUAAUGAAAAGAUCUUCAUGGCAAAAUACUAUUGUGUUCGAUUGCAUGCUUUGUUUGGAAUGGCAUUGGCUGCUGGGCUGGUUGCAGCCAGAAGAUAUGGUACUUACACUCCAAGAUCUAUUUUUCCGUGAUUCGUCAUGGGAGUUGCCGUGAAAACGACCUAUUCUGAGAAGAGAUUAUAGACUAUUUUCCGCUCCAUCAAUAUGAACAAAUUCUAUGCACUAUGCUAUCAGACCAGUGGAAAUUCUUCUAAGGAAUUAUUUACUUCAUGUAAAAGCUUCAGGCUCCAUCUUUGAUGUGUUUUGAGCAUUGCCUAAUGGGCAUUGUCAUAUUUGGUGCGUUCUUCCCGUUGUCAUCAACAAUAAUACAGGGCAUCUAAUCGCAAAGAGCUUUCAGGAAUUUGUUACUCAUGCAGAAAAAUCAGAGCACUAAAGCUUCAUUGCUCAUCAGUUGAUUGCUCUCGUCUUAGAAGAGUGUAGGUGGUAAAAUAACUGCUCAAUGGAGUAUAACUGGAAAAUUUGGCUUUACAGGAAAACAUGGUAGGACGUCUCCUACGAACAGGGGAAGCCAGUGCUUCAUAACAGGGGGAGUCAAUGCUCCAUAACAGGGGAAGCCAGUGCUUCAUUUCAGGGGGAACCUUGGUUCCAUAUCAGGGGAAGCCAGUGCUUCUUAUCAGGGGGAACCUUGGUUCCAUAUCAGGGGAAGCCAGUGCUUCUUAUCAGGGGGAACCUUGGUUCCAUAUCAGGGGAAGCCAGUGCUUCUUAUCAGGGGGAGCCUGGGCUCCAUAUCAGGGGAACUUGACCAGUUCUUACACUUUUAUUUAUCAUGUUUACAUUUCUUUUAAUAGAACAUUAAUCAUUCAUAACAUCAUUCAUAAAUAUAUUUCGAAGGGAAUGCGGGUACUAGCAAUAACCGUUACCUCAAUUCCACGAUUUGCUAAGCCUUUUCGUUGGUUCGUUCUUCCUGAGCUCCGAGUUCGAUUUCUCUUUUUAUAUUAAAACA